AUGCGGAUGGAGGAGGGCUUUGUAGCUGCCAGGAAGACUGGUGUAGACGUGGUCCAGCAUGACGAGCCCAGAGCCACAGUGGAAGAAAGGGAGGAGCCUGCUCAGGUCCCACACCUAGAUGAGUUUGUGGCCCCAGCUCCUCCCCCCUCCUACUUCUCCACUUUCUACUCAUACACACCACGCCUGGCUCACCGGAUGCUUGGGGACAGCGUGAUCCCUCUCCCUCAUAUCUACGGGGAUCGCAUUAAAGGGGUGGAGGUCUUGUGUCCGUUAGAGCCCCCACCUCCAUAUGAGGCUGUUGCAGGAAGCACCACUGAAGCAGUCACACAGGAGACAGAGAUUCCCAUGACAGAGUUGACUAUGAACCCAACUACCUCUACACCAGGAGCCUGUGUUCAAGACACGAGUGCCCUAAUAGGACUGGCAUCUCCAAGCGUCCUUCUGCAGGCCAAGCCCAAGCCUCCUCAGCAGCAGCCUCCUCAGCAGCAGCAGCAACAAGCUCCAGCACUGACCCCCUGGAGGACAGCAAAGAUCUACCGCUCCAACAGUGACCCAGUGUUGAUGGACCUUGCUGCUAAAGUGCAGCACAGCAGCGACGCUCCCCUCGCACUGUCUCCUCAGACCACAGAUUCUUCCACCCAGACCUCCCAGCCCACGCUGGCCCCCCACACUCAUGGGCAUGUCACACUGCGACGGGGCAACGACAGCAGGACGCCGUGCCGGCCUCGGCCCUCCUCCAUGGUGGACUACCAGAGCUACCGACACACACAGCAGCUGGUCAGGAAAAUCCUGGAGCAGCCAGCAACCCAGGGCCUGGCCCCCGAGGUCCAGGAGCUGGUGGACAGCAUAAGAAAUGUCCUGCAGUCAGAUCAGGAGCACAUGGAGGAGGCUGUACGCUGUGCUAGUUACAUAGAACAGGUGUUUACUGAGUCAGAGAAGGGUUCCUGCCAGCCUAAACCUCCCCAGCUGCAGCCGGCAGGCAGUUCCUCCCAUACGUUCCCUCGCCCUCUUAGGAGAAGGCCUGGUCUGCUGCACCUACAGAGCUGUGGGGACCUCAGCUCCUUCACCUGUGCUCCGCUCGAGUCUCCGGAACAUCCAGGAAACAGCAGAAAAGUGGAGUUUAGGGCGGGCCCUAGGGCAGGUUCAAGGGCAGGGUACCGUCCGAAUUAUCCUGAACGCCCUCACAGUCUGAUUGGAGUCUUUAGAGAGACAGUGCUUUGAGGGAAAACCGGUGGUAUUAAAAUAUGUUGGAUGGCAACACAGCUGGAUGCUGCCUUAUCUGUUGUUAAACUUGGAGGGGAAAUAAUCCAACUACUGAGGUGGAUCUCUGUGUGUGUGUGUGUGUGUGCACUUACCAACCUAUCUAACAGUGGACCUCGACGUCGUUACACACCCACUAAGAGGGGACUAAAAAGUGAACAG